GUCAACAGUAAACAAACACUCGUGAUCGCUUUCGAUGAUCUAUCGUUAUUUAAAGUCCCGUCAUUUCAUCCUCCUCCCAGUUUAUUAAAUUUUUGCAGAAGUACUAGUGUAUUGCUUAAGUCUGAUUAAAAUGUCUCCACCCUCUGCUGAUUUCGCAACACGUUGCAUUCACGAUGGUCAGGAUCCCGAAAAAUGGAAAAGCCGAGCCGUCAUUCCGCCGAUUUCAUUGUCUACUACCUUUAAGCAAUUUUCUCCGGGUGAAACUGCUGGAUUUGAUUAUUCUCGAAGUGGAAAUCCUACCAGAGAGUGUUUACAGCAGAGCAUCGCAUCUCUUGAAAAUGGAAAAUAUGCUCUUUGCUUUGCAUCUGGAUUAGCAGCUACUAUGUCUUUAACAUACUUGUUAAAAGCUGGGGAUCAUAUCAUAUGCUUUGAUGAUCUUUAUGGAGGAACAAAUAGAUUUUUUAGAACCUGUGCAUCAAAGAUGGGACUUGAAACUUCCUUUGUAGACAUGGUAGAAUUAAAAAACAUUGCCAAUGCAAUCCAACCAAACACCAAGAUGAUUUGGAUUGAGACUCCAACAAAUCCCACCAUGAAAAUGGUAGACAUUGCAGGUGUUGCUAAGCUGAUAGAAAAUCAUCCUCAAAUUAUAUCUGUGGUUGAUAAUACCUUCAUGUCUUCUUACUUUCAAAAACCUCUAACUCUUGGUGCUCACAUUGUUCAUCAUUCUUUAACAAAGUAUAUGAAUGGUCACUCAGAUGUUGUAAUGGGAGCAAUAGCCACAAAUAACCAAGAUUUGUAUGAAAAAAUGAAGUAUUACCAAAAUUCUCUUGGUACAGUACCAUCUCCAUUUGAUUGUUUCCUUGUGAAUAGAGGAUUGAAGACUCUGCAUAUUAGGAUGGAAAGGCAUAUGGAAAAUGCUCAAAAGGUGGCAGAAUUUCUAGAAACUCAUAAAUAUGUUGAAAAAGUUAUUUAUCCAGGUUUGAAGAGUUAUCCUCAAUAUGAGUUAGCUCACAAACAAUGCUCUGGAACCAGUGGUAUGGUUAGCUUUUAUGUAAAAGGAGGUUUGACUGAAGCACAGAAGUUCAUUGGGAAUCUACAAAUUUUCACCUUAGCUGAGAGCUUAGGAGGCAUUGAAAGUCUUGCUGAGAUACCAUCUGUUAUGACCCAUGCAUCUGUACCUGAAGAUCAACGAGCAAAACUUGGCAUUAGUGAUAAUUUAGUUCGUCUAUCAGUAGGAAUCGAAUCUAUCAAGGAUUUGAUAGCAGACUUAGAUCAAGCAUUACAAAUUUCUCAAAAGUAAUAGAGCACAUCAUGACUAUUAAAAAUGACAAAGAAAAACAUCACCUGUUACUUUCUUUGAUUUAAAUUUUGUACAAUUCUUAUUUUUAUUAAAGUUUUGUUGCAUCA